CCCUCCGCCCCUCCGUCCCGCCGCCACACGCCGCCAGAGCUCGGACCGGGCGCCUGUCCCUCCUCGUCGUGCCUCGCCGCGGCCGCCAAGCCCCGAGCCGGCCGGAGCCCGCUGCUCACCAUGUCGGUCGCGCUCGGCAACAGGUUCCAAGGAGGGAAGGCGUUCGGCUUGCUCAAAGCCCGGCAGGACAGGAGGCUGGCCGAGAUCAACCGGGAGUUUCUCUGUGACCAGAAGUACAGCGAUGAAGAGAACCUGCCGGAGAAGCUCGCCGCCUUCAAAGAGAAGUACAUGGAGUUUGACCUGAACAAUGAGGGCGAGAUUGACCUGAUGUCUUUAAAGAGGAUGAUGGAGAAACUCGGGGUCCCCAAGACCCACCUGGAGAUGAAAAAGAUGAUCUCAGAGGUGACAGGUGGGGUCAGCGACACCAUCUCCUACCGAGACUUUGUGAACAUGAUGCUGGGGAAGCGGUCGGCUGUCCUCAAGCUAGUCAUGAUGUUUGAAGGAAAAGCCAACGAGAGCAGCCCCAAGCCAGUUGGCCCCCCUCCAGAGAGAGACAUUGCCAGCCUGCCCUGAGGACCCCCGUCUGGACCUGCCCCCGUUCCUCCCUCCUGAUCUUGCUGCCCUUCUUGAUUCAUUGUGAUUUGUCUUAUUUGUUUUGUCUGGUCAUUACGCGUUUGUUUCAUUUUCAACCAGCAAAAUCAGUGAUCUCUUUGUAAAGCACAAAUUACCUGCCUUAAAGGGGCUCUAGGCCAGGGAAUUCUGAGCCUUGGGGACCCUCCCUCUCAUCUCCCCUCCUUCCGCCUUCCCUUUGCAGAAGGGCUGACAUCAAACCAAAACCAGGAGGGGGCAGCCUGGACAGGGAGACUGGAAGACUGGGAUCCUCAUGCUUAGAGCUGGCAUAGUCUGUCCUUCCAGGGUCCCUGAGCUAAGUCCAGGCUUGCUGGCCUGGCCCUGGUGAGGACCACAGCCCACUCGCAGAAGACCCUGGAGUGGGAACCAGGCUUUCCUCAGACAGCUCUGUGGUUCCCUGCUCUUGAGUCGUCUAGGGCAUGACCACUCAGUGUCCCACCUCCCCCGCUGACCUCCUCCCCCAGUCCACACUUCUCAUCCUCAGGGAGGUGACAGAAGGAGAGACGGAGAGGGGCUUGGUGAUCUGAGCCCUUUAAGAAGGUUCCAGAAGGAAUCCUCUGGCCUUCCCCGCAGCCACACCUUUACAGGCAGCUUGGAGGGAAAGUGCAGCCCCCAUGUCCUUUGCGGGGGGAAGCAAAGGGCUUUGGGAGUAGAAGGGAGGCGAGGGGCCUUGGGAGCAGUGUCUGUUCGGUCUGGUGCCACCUUUUGGGGAGGAUGCUGAGGACAACAGGAUAGGAGAAGGAGGAAUAGAAUGCUCAUGGCAAACAGUCAGCACCACUAAUAAGCCAAGAGCUGAGAAACAGAAGGUGGCCUUUCUGACCCCAAUCUGCUUGAAACCUGACUGUGCUCCCCCUAUUUGCCUUGCCAUCUUACUCCAUUCAUUCAUUCAUUCAUUCACUCACUCAGUCAUUCAGUGGAUAUUUAUUGACCACCUAUUAUAAGCUUUAAGUCCCCCCACUUUGUCCUGACAUGUGCCUUGCCCUCAACCCCUAAUCUCCAUUUCCAAUCACCCAAAACCUUGAGCUUGGGGAGUGGAUUGGGGUCCCUUAUGAUGGACUCCCAAGAUUUGAGAGCCCUGAUCCACUCUGUAGGUUAGCUAGACCGGUCCUCUCAUUUCACAGGUGGGAAAACUGGUGCUCACAGGGAUUAAGCGCCUUGCCAAGGGGUUAAUCGGGAGAUGGAAGUCUGGACUGGAACCCAGCUGUUCAGAUACCAUGCCCGUCCUCAUUGCUGCUCUGGGCUGUCUCAGUGAUGAAAAUGAGAGAAGGAGUGGGGAGGGGCAAUCUCCCAGGUCAGUCCUUGGGGAAGGCCCUGGGCCAGGACUCACCCUUCCCAGUGCCUCCAUGUCAGCACCAGGGGUUUUGGGUAAGGGCCUGGCUGCUUCUGCAGUUCUGCCUUCCCUAGAGCUUCUCCGCCAAGCCGCUUCUCAGAACUCAAGCAGGAAGGUGUCCCACUCAGCCCCAUCUUGGCUGAGCAGGGACCCCAGCCUUGACCCCAUCUGUGUUCUGGAGUCCCUUACCCUGCCCACUCAGGACUUAGAUGCACUCAUCCAUUGAAUCUAUUUAUUAAGCACCUGCUAUGGGCCAAGAGCUAAGAACCAGAUAGUAAAAUGGACAGACUCGUGGAAUUUAGUCUAGUGGGGAAGUCAGAACCAGACAAUGAUCAGUGAGAUGAAUGUUAAGAAAGAGGGGACUGUAGGGUGACUGCACUGCAAUCCUGGGCCCAAGACUGAGCAAGAGUCUUGGAGAAGCCCUCGCCAAACGUUAAGUGGAAACGUCAGGUUGCUGUUGGAGGUGGGAGUCCGUGUGGGCUGCCUGUGGUUCUUUAGUGACCCAUAAUCAAGGACCUAAGGAGCUCGCUUGCAGCAGCUUGAGGGAAUGGAGCAGGUAGGGCAUGGGGAAUUGCUGAGGUUGGGUUAAUCCACUGGUCUCAACCAGUUCAGGAACAAGAUUAUUUGGCCAUGACUGGCUGAUCUUCAGCUUAAGGAGCAGCUUCAAAUGCACAAGCCUAGUUGAAGUUUAAACCCCAGCAAAACAGUUCUCCUGUAAAUGUAAAAUCUCACCCCAGCACCUCCUCUUCCUUCCCCCCUGCCCCGGCGCCAGAUCAUUAGAUGAACUGCCUGCCCCCCACCCCUUACUACUGGCCUCUCUUCUCUGGGACAGGCUGAGACCUUUGAGCAGGGUAAUACCUUCUUUAACUACCCAUUAUAGUCAGUGUACCUGUUCUUCACUCAGGAGGGCAGAAGCAACCAGGCUUAUUUCAACAGGUUUCACAGUUUACAAGACUGUAGGAAGCGUCCUUUAAGGGAGGUGGACAAGUGGGUGUGUCCCCAGCUUCUGGAAAGGGCAGGAAAGAGAGUUCUCUCAUUGGAAGGGGGGGUGUCCUGGGAAACACCACCAGUCCCCCCACCAUUUACUAGAACUCAGUUCCUGGCAGCAGAGGGGCUCAAAAGUGGUCCCUGGAAAGGGGGAGUGGUCUGCGUGUAUUUUAGUUUGUGGCUAUUGGCUCUGGGACUUACUUCUCUGGCUAAGGGCUCAGCUUCUUAGAACUUCAGCUGUCUUCUUUCUGAAAGACCAAAUCUAACUAAUGUAACCAGCAACUCGGGGACUGCCAAGUAUGGCUUUGUCCCUGUGACUCAAAAGGAAGGAGUUUGCCGGGCACGUUCAGGUGGAUAAGUGUGCGUGUGCGUGCGUGUGUGUGUGUGGCACGCCAGAUAUCAUCUCUACAGACUAGAAAUAAAACAAACUUAUCAAUGUCUUGA